CCGGACAAACCAUCACACUCGGGCUUCUCACGGGGAGGGAAAGUGGGUGUGUGUGAGUGGGAACGGUACUAUGUAAAGACCUGCUGUUACGCUUGAAAAGCGGCGUGAUAACAAAACACGCACUUCAGUCCACGCAUAGUCACACACGCGCGCACUCCCGCCCCCCCCCGUACACACACACACACACACACAUACGCUGGAGCAGAGACGCUGAAGGCGCCGUCGGAGAGUGAACCUGCGGGUUCAUGCCACUCUGAUUUCUCCCAGGAAGAGGAAUACUAACGCGGAGAUUGGACGGGGAAUAUCAGCGAUGGCUCUCGCGACCGUGUGGAACUACUGCGUCCCUCUGACUCUCCUCACAGCCUGCUUGCUGCACACUGCCCGCUGUCAGGCGGUACAAGCAGAGAAUGUGACAGUCAUGGAGGGAGGUACGGCCCAUAUCUCCUGCCGCCUGCAGAACUACGACGGAUCAAUCGUGGUCAUCCAGAAUCCCCGCCGGCAGACUCUCUUUUUCAACGGCACACGAGCGCUGAAGGAUGACCGUUUCCAGAUGGUGCUCUUCACGCCGCGCCUGGUGCGCAUCACGCUCACCAACGUCAGCGUGUCGGACGAGGGCGGCUACUUCUGCCAGCUCUACACGGACGCCACGCACCACCAGGUGGCGACGCUGUCCGUCCUGGUGCCGCCGGAGACCCCCGCGGUGGAGGUCAAGCAGGAGGCCGUGGAGGGCGGCGAGGUGGAGCUGUCCUGCGUGUCGCCGCGGAGCAAGCCGGCCGCCACCCUGCGCUGGAUGCGGAACGGCCGGGAGAUACCAGGCGUGGUGUCCCAGCAGGACAGUGGCAAGACGUUCAGCGUCUCCAGCACCAUCCGCAUCCCGGUGGAGAGGAAAGACAACGGGGCGGCGCUGAGCUGCGAGGCGUUCCACCAAGCCCUCAACGGCCAGAAGAGGAUCCGACAUUAUCGGCUGGAUGUGUACUUUGCGCCCACGGUGCGAAUCGUCCCUCCCACUGGCAUUUUGCGAGAGGGCGACUCGCUCAGCCUCACCUGCUCGGUCACUGGAAACCCUCUGCCUAGAAACAUUCAGUGGUCCAAGAUUAACGACACCUUACCUGAGAGGGCAGAGAUUUCUGGCCCCACUUUCCAGAUCUCGCGUCUCAGCCAAUCACACAACGGGACGUACUUGUGCCAGGCCCAGAAUAACUACGGACGCGCAGCCGAUCAUUACACCCUGUUGGUGUACGAGAAUGUGUCAGUCACUACCACCCAACCCAACACCACCCAACCCACCGUCCUCCGCCCUGCCACCCCAACCCUCCUAACACCCGGCUUCGCCCCGAACCCAACAGACCCUGGUGCAGUGGUUGAGACUCACAGCGCAGUACCGUACGCGGUGAUAGGUGGCGUGCUGGCACUGCUGGUCUUCACCGUCAUCUGCGUCCUCAUUGUCACCAUCUGGUGCUCCGUCCGACAGAAAGGUUCCUAUCUUACCCAUGAGGCCAGUGGGUUGGAUGAACACGGCGAGGUGCAGGAGGCCUUCCUCAAUGGGAACGACGCCAGCCAGGGCAAGAAGGAGUACCUACUGUAGCCCCUCUACCCCCCCCUGCCCACCCCCUCCUCUCUUCUGACCUCAGACCCCUUACCCCUUCCUGUCCCAGUGUCCCACCUUAUAUACAGUAUACACACACACACACACACACAUACACACACACAGACACUUCUACACAAUGCGCCGUAAGAGGCAGCCUUCUGAAAACGACUGUACACAGAUUCCGCACACAGCCAGUUCAUCCCACUCCAUUCCACGACAUCUCCUCAAAACCCAGAGACAGACCGAGAAAAAGAGAGCCUAGACCCACCAGCCAUUAACGACUGUGCCAUAUACUGUAAGUCGAAGAAACUGGGAGGGAAAAAAAAAGAGAGGGAGGGGGGUGGCCGCAGACUAAGGUGAAUGUAGACACAAAUGAAAUGAUGCCAUUAUUACUUUGAUCGAGAGGGAAGCGGGGAGCACAAAGAAAACCGGCACUCUGCCGAUGCAGCCGCCAAAGUGGAAGGGAGAAUUAGAGGCAGAUGACUGCCGUAAUUCCCUGCCUGGAGAAUAGGAGAAUCAUUUUCACACAGCUCGAUCUUUAAGGGAUGAAGACAGUAAGGAGUAGCGCGUGCGGAGGGAGGGGGGGGGGGGGGGGGGGACAGAGGGGAGAGGGAGGGUUGACCAGGGGCUUCUGAGUGCUCGGUGCUAGAAAAUUGAAUUUUUUUUUAAAUCGUCGCAGCAUGUUGCCUACAAAACGAAACGCGUGUUUAAUUUCCUGUGUACGGCCAGGAAGUCCAGAAAAGUGUCUACUUAGAACGAAGUAACUGUCCUGUUUUGCUGCCAAUUCAUAGGGAAAAAAAAAAAAAAAAAAAAGCAGCGAAGUAAACGUGGAUCCCUUUUCUUUUAAUUCACUCUCCACAUCCUCCUCCUCCGUCUCUCUUCACCUGUUACCAUCCUCUCCCCUCUCUCUUGUAUCUCUCUUUCGCUCUGUCUGUCCUCCCCAUCGCUCCUCCUUUGUUGGCGCCUAAUAAUGAAGGGAUUAGCGUUGGGCUGCGUUCCCGAGGAAGAAGAAAGGAAUAUGACUUGCUACGGCAUUAAAGAAAAGCUUAAUUAUUUUAGAAUGUCAUUAAGAGGAUAAAAAGGUUUAAAAGUCUUAAUAAGAAGGGCAAGGGGAGCGAUAGCGAAGGGAAUGAAUGGGGGGGGAAAAUAAAACGGAGGGAUAUUUUUUCUGAAUGCUACGACACAUAUGCAGAUACAUGCACACAUUCAUACUCACAGUGAACAUGUUGACAGAACAAGUAUACAUAUCUCUGAAUUCCUUGUUUGUAUAAAAAAAAAAAAAGAACAGCAACAUAAAUUAAAUUAAACUUUUAAGAAAUAAGAAAACGGUUUACUAUUGAAACGCAUUAUGAAGCAACUAUACUAACACAGAAUAUUAGCCUAUA